CUCUUUAAUAAUUUCUGGCUAUUUUCUUUCCCAUGGAUGAUAUCAGUGCCAACUAGUUGUAAUUUUAUUGCAAGUGAUAUGCUUCACGCAUAUUAUUGCUGAAAUUUAUUAAACUAAUUGAGUCAAAUUAAAACAUUGACCCAAUUAACGAAGCCACAUGUGACUGUGAGUUGGGAAUACCACUCUGAUUCCUCAACAACUAUUAUUAGCAAAUUUAUUUCCUACACUCCCUCUCAGAUCCAGUCUCAGUUCAUCAAAAGGAGUCCAAAAAUGUCAGGUCAAACACCUCCAUCAAACCCCACCACCACUGAUCCCUACCAAUACCUCCAAAUAGUCAACAACUCCGACGGCACCAUCACACGCCACCGCAAAAUCCCAAACACCCCAGCCACACCAGAUCCUGACCACCCCACUCCAGUUCUCUCCAAAGACAUCUCUCUAAACCAAUCAAACAAAACCUGGGCCAGAAUAUUCCUACCCAAACAAGCACUCAAUAAUCCCUCUUCUUCCAAACUGCCUCUCAUAGUUUACUUCCAUGGUGGAGGGUUCAUCCUUUACAGUGCAUCCUCAACAGUGUUCCAUCACUUUUGUGCAAACAUAGCAAUUGAUGUCAAUGCUAUCAUCGUAUCAGUUGACUAUCGUCUUGCUCCUGAGCAUCGUUUGCCUGCAGCUUACGAUGAUGCUGUGGAAACGCUGCACUUGAUCACAACCAACCAAGAUGAAUGGCUUACAAAAUAUGCUGAUUUUUCUAACACUUUUAUUAUGGGUUCUAGUGCAGGUGGUAACGUGGCCUACCAUGCAGCACUACGUGAAGCUGAUCAAAUUGAAAAUCUUGAGCCUUUGAUAAUCAGAGGGCUGAUAUUGCACCAACCAUAUUUUGGUGGGACCCAGAGGACUGAAUCAGAGCUAAAAUUGGCCAAUGACCCUGUGUUGCCACUGCCACUGUUUGUGAAUGACCUUAUGUGGGAGUUAUCGUUGCCAAUUGGCGUUGACCGUGAUCAUGAGUAUUGCAAUCCAACGGUGGGUGGUGCAUCUCAGAGGUUGGAGAAGAUUAGAUUGCUGGGAUGGAGGGUCUUGGUGAUUGAUUGCAAAGGGGACCCACUGAUUGACCGUCAGAUUGAGCUGGUUAAGAUGAUGGAAGAGAAGGGUGUAGUUGUGGUGAGUCAAUUUGACGAGGGUGGUCACCAUGGAGUAGAUCUUCAAGACCUGUUCAGGGCUAAGGCACUGAAUGUGGUCUUAAAGAAUUUCAUGCUAACUUCCUAAUUGGCUAUCCAGGAAAAAUAAUGGGUCUGCUUUAUCUUAGAAAAAUCAAAAAAUAAAUUACUAAAUUUACUUGUUUUUCGUGAUUUUUGGUAUCGAUUUUCCAUAUAUUGAAAUGGAGUGCUGGCCUAAUUUAUUAUUGUUGAA